GUCUAACUUCUAAGAAACUCCCACCAACCACAAUCUUUAAUUUAAUAAUUCAAAAUUACUAAAACAAAAUCCCACAAAAGUGGCGGUAUAUCCAAUGAUGUUAUUAAUAAUUUUUUGUUUUUUUUUUAAAGAAGGCAAACAAAAAUUUUGAUUCAAUUUCGUGGACGGAACAUCCGAACAUACCAGUCUUCAAACAUAAGAUUUAAAGUCAAUCUUGUUUUCAUGGAACAACGUAUGAUCGAAUAAUCCCUUCAAAAAAAAAAAAAAAAAAACGUAUGAUCGAAUAAUCUUUUUCCUGCCAUAAUAUUCCGUUCUUUCUUCUUCUACAAAUAUUCAGAAAAAUAAAAAAAUCUGAUUAGUUCAUCAUUUUUGCAUCACUCCUUUCUCAAGGAACAUUGCUUCUUUGAUUCUUGUUUAAUUGAAUAAUUUAUGAAUCAAUUUGGCUGGUUGAGAAGUUCAAUCGGAUUGAACUUUUGGGCAAGAAUCAGAGAGUUAAGAUUUUACACAUUAGUUUUUCAUUAUUGCGGGGGAUUAUUGAAUCCAUAAAAUCAUGAAUGUGGUAGGCAAGGUUGGAAGCCUAAUAACCCAAGGUGUAUAUUCAGUAGCAACCCCUUUUCAUCCUUUCGGCGGUGCGGUUGAUAUCAUUGUUGUUCAACAGCAAGACGGAAGUUUUAGGAGUACACCUUGGUAUGUACAGUUUGGUAAAUUUCAAGGUGUUUUAAAAGGUGCUGAGAAGGUAGUACGAAUAAAUGUUAACGGCAAUGAAGCUAGCUUCCAUAUGAAUCUAGAUAAUUCAGGUGAAGCUUAUUUUGUUAGAGAAGCUGAUUCGGGUGAAAGUGGUGAGAAGGAUUGUUUGUUAAAGGAUGAAAGGGAAGGUAUCCUAGGGCAUAGUUAUAGUGUAGAUAAUAGCCAGUUUCGUAAUAAUGAGAGUGUCGAAAAUUUCAGGCUGCAAAGCACUUUGUCUGACCCUGGGAUUUUAAGGGAUGAUUAUUCUAGUUUCAACCGGUUGGAAAGGAAUGAUUCAGAUGCGUGUAGAUUUUACGAUUUUCAAGAUGAUCAGUCAUUUGAUGAUUCAGUGGAGUUGUCAUCUGAGUAUGGAUCUAGCCGGUAUGACCCUAUGGAUGCUGUGGAGAAUUUUGUGGAAGCACAGGGCUCAGAUUCGGAAAUGGUCUUGGUGAGUGUAGAUGGUCAUAUUUUAACAGCACCUAUCUUAUCAUCCGAGCAAGACACCGAAAGUGUGCCAUUGGAUACGCCCCAAUUUCAUCUUGGGCCAGGUAAAGGUAGGGAUUUUACUGUCGGUGAGACUCCAUGGGAUCCUGAAUAUCUGAAUGAUUUAGAGGGCCCUUCCUGUAUACAAGCUUCUGUUGUUACCUCUUCCGAAAAUGACAAUGCUCUUUCACAAGAGGGUCAUGCUCAUAUUGUUAUGAUUGAGGAACAUGCAUGCCAAGAUCAAGGAAGGGUUGAGAGUGGUAUCCAACAGUCAGAAGAAUACCAUGAUGAGGGCACUGGCAGCAUGCACGAGUCAGGAUCUUGUAAAGAAAAUGGAGAACUUCCGCAUACAGAGAUUAAUAAUUUGGUUGCUUGUGAUGAUUUUGGGAAGAGUGGUUGUCAAGGUGAAGAAAGUGGGGACAUGCAUGAACUUGAAGCUAGUGGAGAUGGAAAAUAUUUGCACAAAAAUGGAGGAGUUGAGUACACUCAUCAACCCGAAGCUUUGGAGGAUGAUAAGAAGUGUGCACACCAAGAUGAUGAUGACAAGAGUAUUGAACACCAAGAGAGAGAGCUCUGUCUGUGCAGUAAAAUUGAAGAAACAUCUCCUAGAACUAAGAAUGAAGAUAAGUUCAAGAGCUGUUUAGAUUUUGCCAGUGUGGAAGUUGACGAUACCUCAGAAAGUGAGGGUUCUCCCUUGGGGGCCCGAGUAGAAGCUGAUUUUACAGAAGAAAAUUCUUCACAGAACAUUCAAGUUUCAGAUAAAGCUGAUAAUCAAUGUACACCAGAAAAAUCAGGUGAUGGUGGAUCAGUUACUGUAUUUAACCGUCGAGUUUUGGUGGAGGGUGAGGCAGAUAAUGGUUCAUCUCCUGCUAUAUACAUAACUGAAGUUAAUGAAAGGGAUGAUAGGGUCAGUAUUGGUAUAGAAGCUAAUGGUUCUGAUUUCACACCUAUUGGAAAUGCAAAAGUAUGCAAUGAUGAACCAGUGAGAAUGAAUUCAUCAAUAGAGAGUGAUAUGUGUAGUAAAGAAGGAAAUGUCUCUGAAACCAUUUCAAAUGGUUGUGAAGAUCCUAAAUCACAUACCAGGAGUUCAUCUGAGCAGAUCGAAGCAGAUAUUAACCCAACCUUAGAGAUCUCUCUUUGUCGCCAUCUCCUUCGUCCAGGAAUGGGAUUAAGUGCUGCUGAUGAAGCUUUUAGUGCUCAUCGCUUAUCCGAGGAAGGGUUUAGGAAUAUAGCAUCAUCAGUAAUGAAGAAUGAAAACCUUGUCAUCAGAUAUAAAGGGAAAUACUUACCAUGGGAUCAAGCUGCUGCUAUUGUCUUAGGACUGGCUGCUUUUGGUUCAAAAUUUUCCAUCGAGCUCAAAGAUGCAUUACCUGUUGAACAAGAAGUUGCUUCAGACAUAGGGGUUCAUGAUUCUGGAAGUGCUUCUGGACGCAGAUGGAGGCUAUGGCCAAAUCCAUUCAGGAGGGUGAAGACACUUGAACGAUCUACUAGUACUGCCUCGGAGGAUGUUUUUGUUGAUUCUGAGUCUCUUUCAAGGAGCCCAUCCAUUGACCAAACUCCAAUAUCUCAGAGUGGAACUCCAUUAUCAGAAAGUAGUUUAAAGUCUGUUCACAAGAAAAUUCUUAGAACUAACAUCCCCACUAAUGAGCAGAUAUCAUCUUUGAAUCUGAAAGAAGGUCAAAAUGACGUUACUUUCAGUUUUAGUACCAGGGUUCUAGGAUUACAACAGGUUGAGGCACAUAUAUAUUUGUGGAAGUGGAAUGCACGGAUUGUUAUAUCUGAUGUGGAUGGAACAAUUACUAGAUCUGAUGUUCUUGGUCAGUUUAUGCCUCUGGUUGGAAAGGACUGGUCGCAAUCGGGUGUAGCUCGUUUGUUUUCUGCCAUUAAGGAGAAUGGAUAUCAGCUACUCUUUCUAAGUGCACGUGCAAUAGUACAGGCAUAUUUAACUAAAAGCUUUUUGUUCAACCUUAAGCAGGAUGGAAAGACACUGCCGAAUGGACCUGUUGUUAUUUCACCUAAUGGAUUAUUUCCAUCACUAUUUCGUGAAGUAAUCCGAAGAGCUCCUCAUGAAUUCAAGAUUGCUUGUUUGGAGGAUAUCAAGGCUCUGUUUCCACCUGAUUACAAUCCAUUCUAUGCUGGAUUCGGGAACAGAGACACAGAUGAGCUUACUUAUAGAAAGCUAGGAAUUCCGAAGGGCAAAAUCUUUAUUAUCAACCCAAAGGGUGAGGUGGCAAUUAACCAUCGGAUUGAUGUGAAGUCAUAUACAUCGUUGCAUACUCUAGUAAAUGAUAUGUUCCCACCAACAUCAAUGGUCGAGCAGGAAGAUUAUAAUUCAUGGAACUAUUGGAAGAUGCCGAUGCCAGAUAUUAGCAUUUGAAACCAUUGUAUAUGGAAGCGGAUGUAUUCAGGCCACUAGUGGUCGAGCUCUAGAGGCUGGACAAUAAAUCAUUUUUCCAACCGGUGAUUGAUCGAAGUUAUAGGGCUAUUAGAAUAUUUAGCAUUGGAAUGAUUACCAAAUGGAGCAGUAGUUGCAUUCUUUGUUGUACUGAGAAUUUUACAGGCAUUAAAGCAAAAGCAUCUGAAGCUCAUUCUUAUCAUGGCUAUUAACUGUAAAUCUGUAUGUUGUAAUGAUCUUACUGUAAUUUUUCAGAUGAUAGAUGCGAUUCAUAAGAAGUUAAUAAGGAAGUUAAUCUUUAACAUUGAGGCAAUUUAAGUUAUGGUAUAGCUUCUUAUUGCUAUUGACUUCC